AACAACUGACGUAUGAUUUCUGCGUCCGUCGCACAAAAACAUUAGUUUAUGGACGAGAAUGGAAAGAAAGGACUGCUCUUCAUUUGCUUUACGUUUGAUUUUAGCUCAGUUUAAUUUGAGAAAACAUUCUUAGCUAGCCUCACUGUUUAGAUCAACGAAUAAUACACAGUCUAUGCAGGAGUUUGGCCGUUAGAACGGGUUGUGGAGGAGUUGUAACUGCUGUUGGACCUUUCAUUCAUAAAUAUGAUGGAGGAUUUCUCUGGUUUGGCUUUGCCUCCUCUGUUUGGAGGGCACAUCCUGGAGGCAGAGCUGGAGCCUGGUGGUGUGGAGCUGGGACCAGGGGAGGUGGAGCUUGGCCCGGGAGGCAAUGAGCUGCUGGAGGGUACAGAGCAGGACGAUGAAGAGAGUAGAGCUCUUGAUAAAAGGAAAUAUCUGGCUCUGAAUAGGAGAUGUAAAGACAUUGAACAGGUGAAUCAGAAGAUUCUUGGUCGCCUUCAUCAAGUACAAAGAAUUACACGACGCUUGAAGAAGGAGAGACGGUUUCUCAUGAAGACUUUAGAUGCUCAUGGGGAUGACUACAGAAAUGCCCAGCUCACUAUACUUCUAGAGGACGAGCUUGGAGUCCAUUUAGACCCUGCUGCUGGAGUGGAGGAUGACCGGCCUAACGGUGUGUCCGGUUCCUCUUCAUCUGCUGCGUUGCCUCAUGCUGCGGUGCCAAAGAGGAAAAGACACCGAAUUCCACGUCAAGAAAAAGAUAAAGGCCAACAGACUGAACCAGACAUGUCAGUGUUGGCAGAGAAUCAGUUUGGAGAAAUGCCCAGCCCGACCUCUCUGUCUCACUGAUCUUUGUGGCCCUGAUGAUGACGAUGAUGUUGAUUAUGAUAAUGAUGAAAGAGCACACAGUUUCAUUAACUCUUUAAUAGAAACGCUGCCUCUACACCUGGUUUUGCACUGUUUUAGUUUAACUUGAACAUUGUGAACUGAUUGAAUUCAUGUAAGAUACAAAGAUAUGUUGUACACUUGAUACAUAUAGUCAUUUGUUCUGUAUAUUUUGUUUUCCGUUGAAAUAUUUUUUACUUUUAUUUGAUAACGACACAGACAUUGCAUGAUUUUUUUUCAGAACCUGCUGAAAUAAAUGUGUAUUUGGCAGUUAGACUUUAUUAUAAAAAAAAAUCGGUUUUUUUCAACAUUUUUAAUGUCUGGAUUUAAUUAUGUUUGCGGAUGUUGAUCAGAAACAGAUGAUUCUUUUUGUCAAUGCAACUUUUCUGAAAUAUGUUUAAAAUAUCAAAAUUGGGUAUCUGGGUAUCAAUCAUUUGGUGAUAUAUAAACAAACGAUGGAAAAACA